CCUGCGCCGAUACAAAUGAAAUUAUAAUAAAAAAAAAAGCUUGAAAUGUCUACUGACGUUUUUGGCAGUGAAGUUAAAGGGUAUGUUAAAGGUAAUAGUGGUCCCUAUUUCGUAUCUAAAGGCGAAAGGGUCUCGGAGUGUCUUCAGGUUCUUCUCAAAACCUCACAGAAACAGGAAUUCAUCCUGGGUUUACUCAAGUUUUUCAAGGGAGGUAAAUACAAAUACGAAUUACAAAGUUACUUCCCUUGAAUUUAUAUCUAAUUUUUGCUUCCUUGACAACCAGAUGUAACAAGAACAGACAUCUGGAACCGUCUACUACUACUACUACUACUCUGCAAUAUGCUACGCAUGACAAAUUUGUACCUGUAGACUAUGUGGUGAAAAGUUAAUAUAUACACAUUCAGUCAUACAUACAAUACGCUUGUGUUUGGAAAUGCAAUUAAGAAAAGAAAAAUGACCCCCACAACAUCAGCUGAUCACAAUUUACUCGACAACUAUUCGGAGUUUGAAGCGUGAGGGCGUCCGCCGAGACCGUCUGGGAGUGACCACACACACACGUGUGUAUGUGUCUAUGUUUGCAUGUGUACAUAUGUGAGAAAAUGGCCGGAGCUGAACGCUUUGUCGAAGCCAAGAUGAACCAGAGAAAAGUUUUGCUCUUCUGCAAGAGUUACGUUCCCGCUUGUCAGCGUAUCAUAGAAUUACUGGAACCAUUAAAUUUGGACAGUCAAAUUUACGAGAUUGUCUUCAUCGAUAAAAGACAGGACGUUGUUCAGAUCGAAAAUUACUUUCAAGUGUUAUGUCUCAGCGACAGCCGUGAGGUACCACAAUUGUUUAUCUGUGGCAAGUACUUUGGUGGUCCAGAGAAAAUCUUCUAUUGGAACAAAUUAGGGAAAUUGGCUGAGAAAAUCUUUGAAGCUAUACAGAUAUUCGAUGAGGCUGUACCAACACCUGCACAAGAGUUGUCUACAUCGGAGUCUGUCACGAAACCAGCACCAAAGACUGUACUUGAAGAGGGGACAACUGAUGGAUUAUUCUAGGUACUCAGUGGAAUUACCAAAGGAGUAUGUUAUGAUGGACCCUAUAGAGUAUAUAACACGGGUGUAAAGCAGAUAUUCUUUCUGGGUUUGAUAGGGAGAACCAUUUCCAAAAUAUUUCCUGAUAAACUAAACGGUAUUAUGAAA